AUGAAUUUCAGACAAACUGUUUAUGAAGCUCAGGAACAGGAGAUAUUAAUUUAUAAUCAUCUACUUUUUAAACUUGCGUCUGGUCAGGUUUUCGGUCCUGAUCAACCUAUUGCUUUGAAACUGUUGGGAUCUGAAAGGUCAUUCGAAGCUCUUGAAGGUGUUGCUAUGGAAUUGGAGGAUUCCUUGUUUCCUUUGUUGAGGGAAGUUAGCAUGAGCAUCAAUCCAUAUGAAGUGUUUCAAGAUGUAGAAUGGGCACUUCUAAUAGGAGCAAAGCCUCGAGGGCCUGGAAUGGAACGAGCUGAUUUACUGGACAUAAAUGGGCAGAUUUUUGCAGAGCAGGGAAGUGCUCUUAAUGUUGUUGCAUCCCGUAAUGUCAAAGUGAUAGUCGUGGGCAACCCUUGUAAUACUAAUGCAUUAAUUUGUUUGAAAAAUGCUCCAAACAUACCCGCAAAAAAUUUCCAUGCUUUGACUCGAUUGGAUGAGAAUAGAGCAAAAUGCCAGCUGGCCCUCAAAGCAGGUGUAUUCUAUGAUCAAGUGUCAAAUGCGACCAUCUGGGGAAACCACUCGACCACUCAGGUUCCAGACUUUUUAAAUGCUAGAAUCAAUGGCUUGCCUGUCAAAGAGGUUAUCAAGGAUCAGAAGUGGUUAGAGGAGGAAUUCACCGAAAAGGUCCGGAAGAGAGGUGGUGUACUGAAUAAAAAAUGGGGAAGAUCUUCAGCUGCUUCUACUGCUGUGUCAAUUGCUGAUGCAAUACGGUCUUUAAUUACUCCAACCCCUGAGGGUGAUUGGUUUUCAUCUGGAGUUUAUACCACUAGAAAUCCGUACGGAGUAGCAGAAGAUAUUGUUUUCAAUAUGCCAUGCAGAUCAAAAGUAAAUGGUGAUUAUGAACUUGUCAAGGAUGUAACAUUUGAUGACUACCUUCUCAAGAGAAUAACCAAGACUGAAGCUGAAUUGCUAGCUGAGAAGAGAUGUGUUGCCCACCUUAUAGGGGAGGGAGUCGCUUUCUGUGAUCUACCCGAGGAUACGAUGCAUCCCGAAGAGAUGUAACACGUCGAUACUGUUUUUUAAUAUGAAGAAUUCAUAUGAAAGCUACCACAAUGCUGUCCAGAGAGAUACUAGAUAUCAAAAUUAAAAUUAUACUAUUAUUUUUGUAAAAUAAGCUUGCAAAAUAAUUUGACAGGCAGUAAAAAUGAUUCAGUGUUGAGGCAUUUGUUGGAUUUUGAAGUUACGUCUUUGGCUUAGAGCUAUAAAGUCGAUGCCUACUCCUUGCCCUACUCUGCCGAGUCUCUAUGGGCCUUGAUCAUCUCUGUUCUUGUCUUGCUAUUGUAUUAAUCUCAUACUCUUGAGUGCUGUGUAUUAUUUAAAAAAUAAAAAAAAUAAAAAAAUAAAAAAAACAAUAAUGAUUUGUCCAUUAAUCACAAUUGCACUUAAACAGCAAAGAGAAGUUUCUUUCUUUCUUUUCUCUUCUUUAUCCUUUUUGGGCCGACAGCAAAGAGAAAAUAUAAGUGGAUGGUCAAUUGUGAGUGUCGCAAUCAAGGGAGAGAAGUAGUGCAUUCAUGAAGGUUCUCUUGGCUUCUUGUUAGAAGUCACUUGCAUUGGAUGGCUCUAGGUGCCUCAAAUGGCCAAAUAAAAAGCCAAAAUUACUCCAACCAUUUGAGGUUGGCUUUAGCCGGAGAAGGAUCCUCUCCUGCAUUCAUGAAGGUUCUCUUGUCUUCUUGUUGGAAAUCACUUGCAUUGGAUGGCUCUAGGUGCCUCAAAUGGCCAAAUAAAAGCAGCCAAAAUUACUCCAACCAUUUGAGGGUGGCUCUAGCCGGAGAAAGAUCCUCUCCAUUUCAAAUGAAAUAGAGAGGAUCCAGGUCCGCUCUAGCCGGCCCCCAAAUGGCCAAAUUGUGCCGGCAAUUAAUUGAGAUGUUGAGCAUUCAUGAUGAUUUAUGUAUAUUUUUAUGCAAAAUGGUGAAUUAAAAUCCACUUUAUCUAGUUUAAUUAAUGGGUUUUAAAAGAUAUCAUACAUCCAAUUAUCUUUUC